AUGUACACUACCACUGCCCGUGUCGUCAAGCCAAAGCUGUCCUUGAGCAUCUCUGCUGCGCAGAAUGUUCCUCGGCCAUCACUGUCGCUCAAGUCACCAAGUGCUCUUUCUCGCACGCCGGUCUCACCAAUCUCCGCGGCAAGUCCGACCAGCAAGAGAUUCUCCUCACCGCAAGUUCCAAGCUACGCAUACACAAACUCUUGCUCAUCGAAGAGCAUCCUCAAGAAGCAGUCAUCCUCACGCGCUGGCUCUGUUGACAAGCGUAUACAAUUCAAAGGGACGCCGACUGUCCACUGCGUGACGCCUAUUGAGAAUCCAGACGAGUAUUACGGCAAGCACAUGAAGAUGUCACGAGAAGAGCGGCGGUGGACGGUCCGACAUGACGAUACGUCAGUAGCCAUCGUCGAGAAAACAAAGAAAGACUCCGGAAGCGCAGCCAAGAUCCAUUUCCUUGAAAAUGUAACGGCCGACACGCGCGCGCAUCGGGGAAUUCACCCUAUCAUCGCCCUCGAAUCUCACCAAGACAACCUCGCAACCCUUGUACAGAAAGCCCUUAAUUACCUACCAGAGUCAAAAACAAGCGAUGGACUCAAACUGGCAGAUGGAACUCGUCGCCGGCUCCCCGAUUUCAUAUCCGCCACAAGAGGUCCCGGAAUGCGGUCCAACCUGUCCGUUGGCCUCGACACUGGAAAAGCGCUGUCGGUUGCAUGGCAAAUCCCUAUGGUCGGAGUGCACCACAUGCAGGCACAUCUUUUGACGCCGGGACUCGUAACGUGUCUGGAAAAUGAAUCCAAGGCCGGCCCACCCGCAAUGGGGCCCGAGUUCCCUUUCCUGUCUAUUCUUGUCUCUGGCGGCCAUACGACUCUAGUUCAAUCUAAAGGCCUCACAGACCACAAGAUCCUCGCUACAAGCGAAGAUAUAGCUAUUGGAGAGGCGCUCGAUAAAUCCGCACGAGAUAUCCUACCUGAUUCUUUGCUCCAGGAAGCUAAAAGCACAAUGUACGGCAAGAAUCUGGAGCAAUUCGUCUUCCCUAAUGGCAAGGCCGAUUUCGCGGACUACUCGGCGCCAGAUACUCGAGGUCAAGAAAUAACCAAGCGCGUGAGCGAUUGGGGCUGGUCUCUUACGACUCCAUUCGCGAAUACGCGCAUGAUGCAGUUCAGCUUUUCUUCGAUUUCCAGCAUGGUCGGGAAGAUUGUUCAAAGAGGCGGUACGAAUAUUAAGAUGUCGCAUGCAGAGCGUGUUGAUCUAGGCCGGGAAGCCAUGCGCGUCUGUUUUGAGCACCUUGCUUCACGCACCGUUAUCGCUCUGGAGACUCUGCGGCCGCACAAUACUGGCAAAGAUGAGAUCAAAACCCUCGUUGUCAGUGGUGGUGUUGCCGCCAACCAGUUCCUCAUGAAAGUGCUCACUUCAUUUUUGGAAGUGCGCGGCUUUGGCAAUAUAAACAUUGUUGCUCCGCCUCCGUAUUUGUGUACCGACAAUGCGGCCAUGAUUGGAUGGGCGGGCAUUGAGAUGUUCGAAGCUGGCUUCCGAUCUGACCUCAGCUGUCGUCCUCUGCGGAAAUGGACCCUCGAUCCGCAGGCUGAUGAUGGAGGUAUCCUUGGCCCAGGAGGCUGGAUCCGAGAGUGA